ACUGAGGUGCGCCUGCUACCUGUAACUCUUCUACGACCCGAACAUGUCCUUGUCCCCAGCUCAAUCCGAGGUAACGCUAGUUGCCCCCAGCCACGCUCCUGUAAAGGAAUUCACACUUGACUCGGAUUGCCCCACGGACUGUUCUCUCUAUCUUGAUGGCAAACCCGUCUAUGUCGUCGAAUCAAAUGAUGGUAGCAGCAGAACAGCUAUCCGCCGCACCUCCCAACCUGAUGCUAUCUGCGAAAUUCACUGGAAUAAAUUCUCUCCGGACAAGAUCUUGUUCAAGGGAGAAGAGAAAGUGAUUAGCAAGUGGUUGCAUUCGGAAAGCAUGCUCGCUAAGUUGAAGACAUCUUGGGUUUCUAUAUUUCCAGUGACUUUGGAAGAAGACGGAAGGCGAUACGUCUUUCAGGGAUCUCCAACGGGCAAACUCUCGAUGCUCAUUGAAGACCGCCCGGCGAUAGCAUGGUACACGCCUUCUCGCAAAAGGCUUGUAGAAGGACAGCUUUGCGACAUUCCUGCCACGAUUUCGCUUAGUACCGAAGCCGCAUAUAUUCAGGAUCUUGUCGUAGUUGCUCUCCUUGUGCUAGAACAGAGGUGGAGAUCAUCUGGUAAAAUAGCGCUCAACAGUGGGCUUGCGAGGGCCCAUGCUGUUGGAAUUAGUGUUCCAUUUGUUCGAAAUGUGUAGUUGUCUUUCUUGACCGCCGUUCUGAAUUUCGGGUCUAUUGAUUGCGUGUAUUCAUUUCAUUUUAUA